AUGGUUGUGAAUAAUGGUCAGUCGUUCGACGAACACACGAACUUCGCGUUGUGCGAACGAACCGGUAGGAGGAACGCGCUUGUGGAUACUUCCCAGCUGAGUCUGCUACCAUCGACGGUCGUCAUGGACAACCUGAUGCACGAGUUCCAAAAGUUCCUCACCGUGCCGAACUCCGCCGACGAAAGAGCUGGAACUGCUUCGAAGUCGGCCAAGUGA